GUGUCAGGUAACAUUAUUCACUCGUGAGUCACUGUUUUUACCUGCCAGUGAAGAACCGGAAGGAUACAGUUUGAGUGGAUUCUACUUACAUUUUUAAGAGAUAAACAUUGAAAAGACACUAAUCAAAACGCAUUUGCACCUGUGAUGAGGUGAGUGACCAUGGCGCAGCACUAUGAUGGUCUGUCCCACUGUAAGCUGGCCCUGGCGUUUGCCAUACUGAUGGACCUGCUAGGUGUGUCUGCUCUGCUGGUGGGGGUCUUUGCCCCAUUAGAGAUUAAGGGACAGGACUUUGGGGAUCUGUUGGUGUACUCUGGGGCUCUACUGAUGCUCAUGUCCCUGGGAGGAUGGGUCAUGUGGUACAGCGGGAACCUUGAGGGCCUGACUUCCAGGAAGGAGCUAGGGGGAACCAUGGGUGCCAUGGACCGGCUGGCCCGCUCCCUCAGCCGCAGGAUACGACUCCCCAGGAGCCACAGCAGCCCCUCAUGAUGCUUCAUGGUCAGGCGUAGGAGAAGGGUGUGGUUGUAGGGGAGGGUCCUCACUGUCUCCAUUAGACUAUUGGCCCCUGAUAGUCAAACUGCCUGGGGGUCUGGGAGCGGUAUUGUUAGCAUUGAGGGAGUGCUAUUAAAUGAACCAGGCUAUGGCCCGUGAUGUGAACGGGCAAAAGCGGGGUUGGGAGGAGCGCCCUUCUCAAAUCAAACAGUAAUCUGUGCCGUUCGUUCAUGUUGUCACCAAGGCAGCAUAUGUUCACAUUUUCAAACUAGUUUGAAGGCAGAUAAAGCCUUUUUAUCAAAAAGCAAUCAUUUGUGUAUGUAAAAACCCAGAAUCCUACUCACUAUUCCAUGUGAUUAACCUGUCACUUUUUUUUGAGGUGCUAACUUCGCCGUCGGCCAAAACGGGGCACUGGGCUCACGACCGGGAGGGAGCCAGUUUCCAAAACUAAUGUAAUCAACGCUAACCCGCUUCACCUGGGGCAGGAAUAAGAUUCCAUUUUUAAGAGACAUUUUUUAUAGAACUCCCUCAUCCUUUAACCCAAGUUCCACCGCCUCCACAGUGGAAGAGACUUACAUACUGAUAGUUCACUAGUGUCAAUUACAAGAUGGAAAAACAGUCAGUCAUUGCUUUUUAUUGUGACUUGACCUUUUCUGAAACACCUCCGGUAGAUAACAGAAUUGUAGACUGUCUGAAUAGGAUUUUAAACGAUCAAGCAUGGAGGCUAUUCAUAGUUCACUUGGUUGGUUUGUUUAGGCUUGAAUCUGUAAAUAAUUGGUCUUUAUAUUCAUAAUAAUCCAUGUGUUGUGGUUUUCUUUGAAUCAUAAUAGGGUUUGUAUUAAAUUAUAAAAUUGUAUUAAAACUAUAAAAUAACCUAC